AUCCCAGAGCUGAGCGCAAAGCGCAGCGACAGACUGCCCGGGCACCCACUGACGGGCGCAGCUGGAGCAAGCCAAGCCGGGAGGAGUGCUCUGAGGCGAGAGAGCCGAGCCGGGCGGCCUCCCCAGGCCGCCACUUCAACCGGCCGGCGCCGUCCCCGCGUCCCUGCUCCCGCGCCCCUCCGGCCAGCAUGAGGCUCCUGACCGCCGCGCUGCUCCUGCUGCUCCUGGCGCUCUGCGUUGCGCGCGUGGACGGGUCCAAAUGCAAAUGCUCCCGGAAAGGGCCCAAGAUCCGCUACAGCGACGUAAAGAAGCUGGAAAUGAAGCCAAAGUACCCGCACUGCGAGGAGAAGAUGGUUAUCAUCACCACCAAGAGUGUUUCCAGGUACCGGGGCCAGGAGCACUGCCUGCACCCCAAGCUGCAGAGCACCAAGCGCUUCAUCAAGUGGUACAAUGCCUGGAACGAGAAGCGCAGGGUCUACGAAGAAUAGGGUGACGACGGAUCUUGGGUAGAAACACUUCCAGACCAGUUGGGAGACUUCAGCAAAGGACUUUACAGAUUAAAAU